AUGGCACAAUGCGACUAUAAUUUUCAUCUUUCAUUACUCGAUACUUUUCAUAUUGUGCAUAAUCAUUUAUUAGUAUUUAAAGGAGAGAUAAUUUGUUUGAUAUGUCAUCAAUGUCAAAUAUUUAUUUCUGCAGCUAUUGUUAAGCAUAUGAUACCUAUUGACGACAUUAAUAUUGUUAAAAGUGCAUCACAUCUACAUACGAAUACUGGCAAAGUAGUCAAAAAUCAUGGAUCUUUAUCUGAUGAUAUAAUUGAAUUAAAUAUUGGUGGUCAAAAAAUGACUACAUUACGCUCGACAUUGACUGCUGUACCUAAUUCAAAACUAGCUUUAAUGUUUAGCAAAGAAAAUAUGAACAAGACAUUAUCUUUAGAUAAACAAGGUGCAAUAUUUUUUGAUUAUAAUCCAAUUUAUUUUAAUUAUUUACUUGAUCAAUUACGAAUAAUCAAACGAAUGUCAAAUAUAUCAGGAUAUCAACUACAACUUUCAUCACCAUUCAUUAACACACACAUAAACUUUACACAUAUGCUUAUUGACCUUGGACUAACACCUGAUCAUUUUUUAUCACCAAUGGAAGGUACACAUAUUAACUUGACUGUAAAAUCUCUCAUUGGUUGGAAAGAAUGUUAUCGUAGUACAUAUAAUGUAUCAUUUGAUUUAUCUAUAUUAACAAAAUUUUGUAAUGGUAGUCGACUUCUUGUUGCUUGUCGUUCAGUUAAUAAUAAAAAAAUACUCACUCUAGCAGGCAUUGGACAACGUGAAGAUAUUCUACAUCCAUGUUUACCAAAACAAUGCAAAACUAAUGGUAAAUCUAUGAAGUUAAACAAGAAAUUCAUAUGUUCAUCACAUCAUCAAUGUAUUACUCAAGCUAAACGUGGUGUUGGAUGGUAUCAUGUGAAUAAUCAAACUUGGGGUUUUGUACGUGGUUCUUUAUCAUUUGUUGUUAAUCCAUGCGAUUCAAGUAAUUUAGAUUCUGAUUAUCGACUUUGUUGGACACUUCAAUCAAAUGUCAAAAAGAUUAGUGGUGAUAGAUGUGGUAGCACACAAAAUUUACAAAAAUCAAAUCAAUGGGAACGUCUUAUUUAUUAUAUUAAUUAA